AUGGGAAAUCAAAAACCAAAGACAAUUUUUAUUGACCAAUGUCAAGCAAUGAAGAAUGCUAUAAGAGUUGUGUUUCCUGAUACAUGUCAUCGUUUGUGCUUAUGGCAUAUCUCAAAAAAUACUGCAGAAAAUUUACCAAGGCAUUAUGGGAUUCCUGAAUUCAAGAGUAGAUUCAAUAAGAUUCUUUAUAAUUGUGAGACCGAAUCAGAGUUUGAGUCUUCUUGGGAUGCCUUACUUAGAGAUUAUAAUUUGGUGGGCAAUAAGUGGCUUAAUACUUUGUAUGAAAAUCGGGAAAGGUGGUGUUCAGUUUUUAGUCAUAACAUUUUCUCUGCAAGAAUGAAAGCUUCAUCAAGGAGUGAGAGUGUAAAUAAUGUUUUUCAACAUAUGGCAUGCAAAACAAUGAGGCUAACAGAAUUUGUACACGAGUAUGAGAAAGCUUCCAAAGAUAUGCGGGUAGAAGAGUUAGAAGAAGAUUUUCGUUGCAAACAAGGUACAUCUUCUCAAAUAGUCAAGAAUUGUGGACUUUUGGAACAUGCAUUAUCUGUUUAUACCCGUACAUUUUUCAAAAGAUUUCAGUUAGAAAUUGCUUCUACCUUGGGGGUCACACACCAAGAUGUGUAUUCUGAUGGAGAGUUUUUUACCUAUGAAGUUAUCGAAGGAGGUGGUCAUAGGGUUCAUGUUGUCCAAUUUAACUCUUCAAAUAAUGUUGUGACAUGUAGUUGUAAAAUGUUUGAAACACUGGGGUUACUUUGUCGACAUGCUUUGCGAAUACUUAUUGUGAAAAAUGUCACAGAGCUGCCUAUUCAGUAUAUUUUGAAAAGAUGGACAAAAGAUGCAAAGAAAGAUAGUGUUUUAUGUGAUCAUGUAAAACCAGCAAGUGCAAAUGAUGAGUUGUCGGUGACUUCAUGCCGUAACGAAUUAAUGCGCUCGGUUUAUGAAAUUUUCACAAAAAGUGCAGCUACAACACGACAUACUGAAAUGUGCCAAAGAAAAGUAAGAGAGAUGAUAGAAUUAGUUGAAAACGAUAUGGAGCAGUUAAAUGCGGCUAGAGAUGGUGAUGAAAAAGAAAACAGGAUUGUUGCUAAUAAUGUCUUUGAUGAUGUUGAGAAGACAGAUUGCUCUCUCAAUAGUUUGCCAAUAUUAGAUCCCCCCUGUGUGCGACUGAAAGGAGUCACAAAUGCAAGACUCAAAAGCAACUUGGAGAAGCGUAAAAGGAAGCCAUUAAAAGAUGUUACAAGAUCAAAACAAUUGUUAACAAGAGGACUUCCAACAAGCUCUAGCCAUGCCCCUAAAGGUAUUGAUUCUUUUCUAAACAAUUUUAUAUGGAGGAUGUUAGAAAUCGAGUAA